ACCGCUGUGCAGGCCGGUCAGCCAGGCGCUUCCCAGCCGCGGCCGCCGCGGGCUGUGCAGACAGGUUCCCUCGGCCAGUUUUCCCAAUCACCCGCACCGUGCGUUCCCUCUCAUAAUGUCACGGUGUCACGUGGCUCUGCAAGGUCUGCCGGGACAGGCGCAUCUGCCGCCGGUGAGCCAUUAGCGAAAGAUUCCCCGCGCCGCGCCGUGGCGAUGCGGUCCCGUCCCGCGUGCCACUCGUGUCGAAAGCCCGCGGCCUCUGCGAGGCGGUCCGCAGCCCGUGUGUUCAACGUAAACCUUGCAUAGCUGCUGUGAUAACAACGAUCUCCAGACGAAUUUCAGACUAAGCAGAAGGCGGCAUCAUCUCCCUCGUACUCGUCCGCGCUAUGGUGAGCUGACGCGCGGCCUCGCCUGCUCGUGCGCCGCGCCCGCCCCCGCCCGCCCCCGCGAUGGUGACGAAGCUGCUGCUGGUGCCUCGGCGGCGCUCGCUGCUGCUGAAGGGCGCGCUGCUGGUGGCCACCGCCUGGCUGACUGUGGCCGUGCUACUCUACACCGAGCAGCGGCCCGCCCAGGGCCAGCCCCCGUCCCCGCUGCUGCUGCUGCCGCUGCCGCCCAACCCGCCGCCCAACGCCGACGCACUCGUCGCCCAGCCGCCCCCGCAGCCGCCGCCCGCGCCGCCCCGCCAGGCCAAGAGACCUGACGAGGAUGUCGCCGAGGCAGAGAACGCCGCCCUGGAGGACAACGAAGUGGCGCCGCCCCCGCGCGCCGGCGGCCGGCACAAGCACCACGCCAAGGCCGACGCCGCCCCCGCAGCCGCGCCCGCCGCCGCCCCCGAG